UCUCCGUAUAAUCUAAAAUCAUGGGACCUGUGUUGUUCUUGCUGAUUUUGCUCUCUCUCUUAAACAGCCUUUCUCUCUCUGCCCCGUAUUCCUCCGACUGGGAAAGCUUCCAUCAAUACACUAUAGACUAUUCUAAACCUUAUAUCAACGACACAGACCAUCUCAUUUAUCGUUUCAAAGUAUUUCAGGAGAGUCUCCUCAGACACAAAAGGCUGAAUGAGUAUGAGUCUCAAAAUGGUGGACAUGCUACGUACGGGGUUAAUAAAUUCUCUGAUUUGACACCUGAAGAAUUUGCAAAUACUUAUCUUUUAUAUCGUCCAUCUGCUCCUCCGCUAAAUGACAAGAUAUCAACUAGUUUUAUUGCUGAAUCACCUUCAGUUGUAGCAGAUCCAGUUACAUUUGAUUGGAGAGACAAGAACGUCCUUACUUCAAUAAAGAACCAACAGAAGUGUGGAAGCUGCUGGGCAUUCAGUGUAGUAGAAGUGCUAGAGAGCAGACUAGCAAUACAAACGGGUCAGUCUCCGGUUUCACUGAGCGUGCAGGAGGUAAUAUCCUGUGAAUAUUAUCCCGACCAGGAGCUUAAUGGUUGUUCUGGAGGUGCUCUUUACUACGCUUUUAAAAGACUACAUGAUGAGGGUAGGGUGAUAGUAUCAGACAGUGUAUAUCCAUUCGCCAGCAGUGAUGGGAACACUAAGACUUGCAGACAGAAUUUGCCACAGCAAGGUGUAGUGCUAAAGGAAUACAAUUAUACUUCUGACAUCGAUGAGAAUGUAAUGGUACAAUAUGUAUUGAGGAAUGGUCCCACUUCUAAUUCAGUGAAUGCUGCAAUGUGGCAGGAUUAUUCCAGUGGUAUAAUACAACACCAUUGUACUUCAACACCACUAGAUCAUGCUAUCCAAGUGAUUGGAUAUAAUCUUGAUAACAAUCCUGUACCUUAUUGGAUAGUUCGUAAUACCUGGGGCUCAGACUGGGGCGAAGGAGGUUACGUGAGGCUCAAAUUUGGGGAAAAUACCUGUGGUUUAGCUGCUGAGGUGGUUACUGUGUGGAACGUCACGUCAGUGUGACAGUCAUGUGACUCAUAAUUUUAAAACCAUUUUGUAAUGUUUUUAAUGCAAGCAAUAAUAUUUUUUACAGCUAAUA